AAACUUACCUCGACACAAAUUUGCUUAAUUUUGUCUCUAGACGGCUCUUGAGUUGAAAUUUUCUAAUCGUUUUUGCUUCAUAACUUUGAAACGGUUCAUGAGAUAGGAUUUCACUUAAAUCAUGCACACCCAUUGGUCAUAUGGAAACUUCGAACGCUAAUAUCUCCGUAAUAGUUUGAAAUAACUUUAUUGAAACCGGUAUCGUUGAAUUCGUUAUGAUAAUCCCUAACCGAUUAUGGAAUAAAAUACAGGGUGUGCCAUUUGAAAAUAGAAGUGAAAAAAAGCUACCACAGGGCUGUCAAAUGUAAUCCAUUUUUUGAGUCAUUAAGGAUGUGCUUGGAUGCCAUUCAAACCAGUUUCUUCAUUUUCUGAUUAUCUUGUCAAAUAAGCGACAUAUUGCUUGUAAACAAUAACUUGGGACACCCGGUAUAACCAGGAUACUUAUGAUUUCGAUCUAUCAAAAUUAACAUAUUUUUCGUAUGAUGACAAGAAAAUAUAUUUUUCUUCAAUUCUGGAGAGCUGAAAAAAAAGAAUUGGUAAAUUUUACCUAGCCAUAAAACUGGUAGGUAAUAUUGUCGAGGAUAUGGUUCAGGAAAAUGGCCUUCAAGAAAUGGAAUCGACAUGUACAUAAUAUUCGUUAGAGAUUCAAGAAAAAAUAAUCAUGAACAUUAAUCAGUUUGUCAUAUAUCUAACGAAUUAUUACCGUUAGUCCAACCAGUCAAGAAGGUUAUUGAUAAUGUUUAUAUGUCAGAUAAAAUUUGGCCUCCUAUUAAUUCUUUUUCAUUAUUUUAGCCCAAUUUGUGUGUGAAUGAAUGCUGUGUUCAUAUCACCUAAUUCUUGUUGUUCGAUUAUUCGAUAUUAAAUUUAGUAUAGUAACCUACUACUUUUAUUAUAUAAUUUUCUCAGGAUUAGAUACCUAUUACUCAAACAUGAAGGUGGUCACAUGUAUAGCACCUGUAAAUAUCGCCGUCAUCAAAUAUUGGGGCAAAAGAGAUGAAGACCUGAUUCUACCUUUGAAUGACUCACUCAGUGGAACUCUGAGUACAGAAUUUAUGUGUGCCAAAACUUCAAUUCUAGCAAGUCCUUCUUUACAAGAAAAUAGGUUUUGGUUGAAUGGUAUAGAACAAUCAUUCAAUAACAGGAGGCUAGAAAGUUGUCUGAAGGAAGUUAAACGUCGAGCAAAUCAGGCAUUACCUCAUCUCAAUUGGAACAUUUCUAUAUGUUCAAAAAACAAUUUUCCCACUGCAGCUGGUCUAGCAUCCUCUGCUGCAGGUUACGCGUGUCUAGUUUAUGCUUUAGCAACCCUUUAUGAGAUCCAAGGGGAUAUUUCUGGUAUUGCUCGUAUAGGGUCGGGUAGUGCAUGUAGAAGUGUAUAUGGUGGAUGGGUACAAUGGUGCAAAGGAACCACUUCAGAUGGAGGAGACUGCAUUGCUAGACAAAUAGCUCCAGCGUCUCAUUGGCCUGAAAUGAGAGUGUUGAUUCUGGUAGUAAAUGAUGCGAGAAAAAAGUAUAGCUCUACUUCAGGUAUGAGAAGUAGCGUUGAAACAUCUCAACUUCUGAAAUACAGAGCAUCGGAAAUUGUACCACAUCGAUUGUCUGAAAUUACCGAGGCAAUUAAGAACAAAGAUUUUGAGAAAUUUGCUGAAAUUACAAUGAAAGAUUCCAACCAAUUCCAUGCAGUUUGUUUGGAUACAUAUCCACCUUGCAUAUAUAUGAAUGACGUUUCUCAUUGCAUUGUCGAUGUGAUUCAUGCCUAUAACGAGUAUAAAACAUGUAACAAAGUUGCAUAUACAUUUGAUGCUGGGCCAAAUGCAUGUUUAUAUUUGCUGGAAUCCGAGGUAGAGGAAGUUUUAUCUGUGAUCAAUUAUGUGUUCUCACCACCAACUGCAAAUUCCGAGGAAUAUGUGAAGGGGCUAACCGUUUCAAUCAAAACAAUUUCACAAAAGUAUUAUUGAAAACCUGAAUUUUCAACCUCGCCAAUGCACAGGAAGCGCCGCCAGCGCCGAAAAACAGCGAAAUUUCGGAUCAUCUAGUUUUUCAGAAGUUUCAGCAUGAAGAAAUGGUUAAACGAGAAAAAACACUCAGUCCUUUUCUGUGGAACAGUAUAUUGUCAAUUAUUUAAAAUUAGAAUCACCCUCAUAAGCAUAAAACAUUAUCGAGUUAGAGCCAUUCACAUUCAGAGCGAACUCUUAGAAUUUCAAUAAAUGUUUGGUUUCCAUCUAUUAUUUCCUAUUUUUCACUGUGAAGCGAUGGUUUUUCAGCAAAGUUGAUAGAAACUUACUUUGAAGAUAAGAAAUGUACCUUCAAUUCCUGAUG